AUGUUUCUCAGGAAUGUUUUGCAAAAGAUUCACUCAAACGAAGUAGUGUCUGAAUUUGAGAUAAACAUCAUAUGCAAACAGAUGACUAAAAUAGCAAUACAGGAGCCAAACAUCCCAUUCGUGUCCUCACCAGUCUGUGUUCUUGGAGAUAUACACGGUCAAUAUUCUGAUUUAGUACAGUUGCUAGAACUGGUCGAGAAGCCAGGAGAAUGCACCUAUGUUUUCCUAGGUGACUACGUGGACAGGGGCCCCAAUUCAAUUAGCGUAGUUCUGCUGCUUUUUUGCUACAAAAUCCUCUAUCCAAAACGGGUGUUUAUGCUCAGGGGCAAUCACGAACAAAGAGCCAUAAACAAAAUAUACGGAUUCUAUGAUGAGACCAUGAAAGCAUACGAAGACACACACGUAUGGCAGAUGAUCAACGAAGUCUUUGACUUCUUCAGUAUUGCUGCAGUAAUAGAUAUGAAAUACUUUUGUGUACAUGGUGGCAUUUCAAACAGAGUCACCCUUAACAAACUGAAGCGAUACGACCGUUCAGAAAGAACGAAAGAUGACGACAUUGCCAAUGAUCUGUUCUGGAGUGAUCCAUUCAACAAGCUGGGCUGCUUGCCAAAUCAAAGAGGCUCAGGAGUCCUCUUUGGAGUCGAUAUUGUAAAAAACUUCCUAAUGCAAAACAACCUGGAGCUAAUCAUCAGGUCUCACCAACUGGUUCACCAGGGUCAUAAAUUCGAUCUCCAUGGCCUGUGUCUGACAAUCUGGUCUGCGCCAAAUUACAUGAAUAGAAUCGAGAAUCCAGGCAUAGUUCUCUAUAUAGAGCCUGAUAAAGAAAUCAACGCCUCCUCCAUGCACAUCUACACAAGACCAUUAAAGAAAUAA